UGACAGCGGAGCGUAUGGUGUCCGGUAAUUCCAGAAGACCAAAAUCAUAUCAGACAAGACACAGACAGGCUUUAUCAUGCGAUUCUAUCUCGCCGGCUUAACGGUCUUGGCCGUAGCUGCACUCACCGCAGCCGUAGACCUCGACGAGAACACUGGCUUCAUCAACGACUUCGGCGGAGGCACGGGCGGCGGCGGCUUCCAACUACUGCAGUCUCGUCCUGAACAGCGCGGCGUCCGCAACUUUGGCGGUGUGACGACGGGAGAUGGAGUGCGUAUCGGUCAGCAGCAGCCAUUCGCUGGCGGUCCGCCGUUCGUCGGAGGUCAACCUCAACAGUUCGAAGGUCAACAGUUCGGCGGAGGUCAACCUCAACAGUUCGAAGGUCAACAGUUCGGCGGAGGCCAACCUCAACAGCUCGAUGGUCAACAGUUCGGCGGCGGAGUUCAACCUCGGCAGCUCGAUGGUCAACAGUUCGGCGGCGGAGGUCAACCUCGGCAGUUCGAAGGUCAACAGUUCGGCGGAGGUCAACCUCAACAGCUCGAUGGUCAACAGUUCGGCGGCGGAGGUCAACCUCGGCAGUUCGAAGGUCAACAGUUCGGCGGAGGUCAACCUCAACAGCUCGAUGGUCAACAGUUCGGCGGCGUAGGUCAACCUCGGCAGUUCGAAGGUCAACAGUUCGGCGGAGGUCAACCUCAACAGUUCGAAGGUCAACAGUUCGGCGGAGGUCAACCUCAACAGUUCGAAGGUCAACAGUUCGGCGGAGGCCAACCUCAACAGCUCGAUGGUCAACAGUUCGGCGGCGGAGUUCAACCUCGGCAGCUCGAUGGUCAACAGUUCGGCGGCGGAGGUCAACCUCGGCAGUUCGAAGGUCAACAGUUCGGCGGAGGUCAGCAGCAGCAGCUGGGCAGCGACCAGCAGCUGACCGGACAGGCACAGCCGUUCAACGUCCAGCCGCAGCAGUUCGAGAGACAACAGACGUUCGUCGGCGAACCUCAGCAGAUCAGCACGCAGUUCGGCGGUCAGCAAUUCGGCGGUCAACAACAGCAGCAGCAGCAGGCUAUCGCCGGUCAGCCGCAGUUCGCUGGACAGUCGGACCAGGUCUCGCAAAUCGUGCCAAACUUCGGCGGUCAGCCGCAGCAGUUCGGAGCGCAGCCGCAGCAGUUCUUCGGACAACAAUUGGUCGGAGGAAGCCAGACGCAGCAAGGCGAAGCACAGCAGCCGACACCUGGCGAGCAAUUCGGAGCAGCCCAGCCUCGCAUCCUCGGUGCCAGCCAGCCGCAGACGUUCCCGUCGCAGUUCGGCGGAAUAGGAAUCGGCAUUCGCAAUCCGAACGAGGGCAGCACCGGCGGCAUCAUCGGCAUCGGCGUGAGAGAGCCCAACGCAGCGGAAACGGACGCACAGACGGAUGCUGGGCAGGAUGCCCCCGGCGAUUUCAAUCCGUUCGGUCGGCAGAAGAUCGGCGGAGGAUUCCGGAUCAGCGGCGAAGAGCCGCAGUCAUUCCGACUCGAUCUCGGAACCGGACCGGGACAGUCCCAACGCGGAUCGACCGGCAGCGGAUUCGUGACGUCGACAAACCGACAGACGGAUGUCGGUUUCUCCGGUGCGCGCGCCUUCAACCCAUACAAGCCUACACAGAAGACGUCGCCACGCGGACCCGCGCCCUUCAACCCCUACCUGCCGACGCGACGCGACGACGACGACGCCAUCCCAUCGCCACCCGAGCCGCGUCCAUUCAGGAAGCCCGGCCAGGUGUUCAAUCCGUACGAUGACAGCACGGAGGAGGUGGAGGAAGAGACCGAGGAGGAGGUGGAUGAUAGGAACACGCCGCAGCACAUCGGAGCAGAUGCUUCGCUCGGAGACAUUCGUCCCAUCGAUUUGUCGGCCGUGGAACGCAACCCGGCGCUUUUCCCGAUGACUGAGCCCGCCAACGACGUGAUAGAUAUCUCUGUGGAGUGCGACAUGGAGAGGAACAGAAUGGCCGUGACCUUGACGUUCGAGCGAGACUUUGACGGCAUCCUGUACACGAAGGGUUUCUUCAAGAUUGACGAAUGCCGCCACACGGCGCCACCGUCUCGAUUCCAGAGGUUCGACAUUUCGCUGGACAAGUGUGGCAUGCAGCAGAAAUCAUCG